AUGAAUGAGCAAGAGGUCAUCAGGGGACUGCUCUAUCUCUUCCUGACAGUUGUGGGAAUCCCAGGCAAUCUGAUGGUCAUAUCUGCCUUCUCACACAUAGCCUACUUCGACCGCAAGCUCCAGCCAGCUGACAUCAUUGUCCUUCAUCUCAUGGUGGUCAACCUCACGUUGGUGGUUCAACGCUGCCUCUUUGAGACCUUGGCAUCUUUCUACGUGGUCAACAUCUUCACUGACUUGGGCUGCAAGAUUGUCAUCUACAUCUACAGGACCUGCAGAGCUCUCUCCAUAUGGCUGACCUUUGUGUUGAGUGCAUUCCAAUGUCUCAGCAUUGCUCCCACUGGCUCCAAGUGGUCCAGCAUCAAACUCCAUGCCCCACAGUACCUGGUGGGAGUCUUUGUCUUUAUUUGGAUCUUGAACACCAUCCUAAGUGCUCCCAGUGCAAUGUUCUCCGCCAGCAAAGACAGCAACUCCACCUCACUGAACUACAGCAUCAACAUCAUGUUCUGCUUUGUGAAAUAUCCUAGUGAGCUGUGGAAGUCGUCGGUGGGAGCCGUGCAAAUCGCCAGGGAUGUGGUCCCCAUGACCCUCAUGCUCCUGGCUAACAUCUUCAUCCUCGUGAUUUUAUACAGACACAGCAAGCAUGCCAAGCUGAUCAGGAGCGCCAAGCAGAACCAGAAGGAGUCGGCAGAGAUGAGAGCAGCCAAAACCGUGGUCACUCUGGUCACCCUGUAUAUCUUGUUCUUCGGGAUAGACAACAUCCUGUGGGUCUACACCUUGUCCAUCAGCGAGACUUUGGCCACUUCCAUCAUCUCUGACCUGCGGAUCUUCUUUGCUUCCCUCUACGCCGCUGUCAGUCCCAUUGUUAUCAUUCUGUCCAACAGGAAGGUGAACAACAAGCUGAGAUGCAUUGCGGUAGAUCAGGCACCCCAGAGCUGUGAGACUGUGAAGACAACAGCUUAA